UCUCCCACUGAACCGAAUUCCCCCCUUCUUGUUCUUCCUCUCAGCUCUCUCUCUCUCUCUAAAGAUCUAUUGCAUCGAUUCUCAAACUUUCUCCCUUUCUCCAAUUCUUUUUCAAGAUUUCUCUUCUACACAUGUAUAUAUACGUAUUUGCUUAGGAGUGUUUGAGAUUAUCCCCAUCUCCAGACAAAUUUAGCCAAAAAAAAAAAAAAGAAUCCUAGACAUUGUUCAUCCCCGAUCUGAAAUUCUAAUUUCAAAAUACCUAUUACAUAGUUACUACAGACAAACUUAACACUUCCCCAAAAAAAUUCUCUAACCAUUCAUUCCCAUUCAACUUCCAUCUUCGGAAAAAUCAGAACAAGUUGUGGGCUUAUCGGAAAAAUCGGAAAAAUCUCCGGCGAAUUUGUUCUCUACGAAUAACGGAAAUACACGCGGUGGAGUGGUGGAGGCUGUAAAUGAUGGUGGCUUUGGCUGCGUAAUGGGAGAGGGGAAAAGAGGACAAACUUCUGAUUCCAAAAGCAGAGGGUGAAGAAAAGGAGGGCCGCGCAGAGAUGGGUAUGUUUUCUAAUCGAGUUAAUAGGAGCGACAUCAAAGAAGGUGACCAUAUCUACAGUUGGAGAACUUUCUUUAUUUACGCUCAUCACGGCAUUUACAUUGGUAAUGGCCUAGUUAUCCAUUUCACGGCGCCCCCUGAAAAACUCACGGCUUCAAGUACUUCCAGUCUCUCAUCCUCGAGUUCAGCUCCCGGCCGGGGCCAACAAAGAACUUGUCCGUAUUACCCUCGUUGCGGAAAUCAAAGACCCGGGAGCGGGGUUGCCAUCAUUUGCUUGGACUGCUUCAUUGAAGAAGGAUCCUUGUAUUGUUACGAAUACGGAGUCACCUUCUUGUUUCAACUCCGAGCUGGUACGCGCACAACUGAUAAAUCCGACCCGGCAAGCACCGUGGUCCAGAGGGCCAACUAUCUGUUCGAAAAUGGAUUCGGAAACUAUGACUUGGUUAGGAAUAACUGCGAGGAUUUUGCUUUGUACUGCAAGACGGGGCUUUUGAAAGUUGUUGACGAUGGAGUGGGAAGGAGUGGUCAAAUAGCUGGUUUUUUGCCAAAUAAUGCUAUAAUUGUUGCUAAAAUUACUGGUCGACCCUAUGUUAUUAAGGUGCCGGUCGAGGACGUGGACAAGUUCCUUCGUCGUCUGUACAGGGCUUAAUCCCGGCCACUUUAAGAUGAAAUUGGUCUCCGAAUUAGUUGGUUCAUUGUGCUAAGGAUCGCGUUAUAAUAAAUACAGGGCUUAAUCCCGGCCACUUUAAGAUGAAAUUGGUCUCCGAAUUAGUUGGUUCAUCGUGCUAAGAAUCGCGUUAUAAUAAAGAAUAUUGCUAGCCGCCUGUACGUACGUACCCAGUUACCACUGUGUGCACCCCACCAUGUCUGUUGAAAUGCCCUUCUUUUGUGGAAGAAACACUGCAUGAUGGUGUUGAUGUGAAUCGUUGGGUUAUGACAAUGAAUAUAUAUCAUAUAUCCUUUGUUUGAUUCUGGUAAA